AUGGGAGCAGCGCGUCGCUUGUUUGGCGAUCCCGCGAAGACUGAUGAGUGGUAUGUUGCUGACUCCGACUCGGAGGAUAUAGCAGCCGCCACGAGAGAGGAUGGACGUGAAGCUGAACACGAGGAAGAGGACGACCCGCUGUGCCCGCCGAUUCCGUUCUCCGCAGCGGAAGAGCGACAAUACUUUCGCCCGUGGAGAUCAGCUCUUGUAGUUAAGGUACUGGGACGCUCAACAUCGUGUACCUCCAUCUCUAAACGACUGAACUCGAUCUGGGCUAAGGCUGGCGGUAUUCAGGUGAGGUCAGCGAAGAAGGGUUACUUUCUAGUUCGGUUCACAAGUGGUAUCGACUACGAACGUGCACUAACAGGGGGGCCUUGGAUGAUGGGAGAGAACUACUUGAUGGUGCAUAUGUGGGAUCGACACUUCAACCCAUAUGAACAUGAAAUCUCAUCGACUCUUGUUUGGGCACGCCUCCUCGAGAUUCCGAUACACUUUUUUCAUCCCGAGGCUGUUAUGAAAAUUGGACGUCGAAUCGGGAAGCCGAUCAGGGUUGACCCGGCAACCCGUACAGGUGCUCAAAGUUAUUAUGCUAGGGUGUGCGUUCAGGUAGACCUAACCAAGCCACUUCUUUCGCAUUUCCGGAUUGACGGGAAAAAAUAUUUCAUACAAUUUGAGGGACUCGAGCGGAUCUACCUACAGUGUGGGAAAUAUGAAACCUACGGCUCUUGUCAGUGCUCUAAGCCAGCUGAACCCAUGGAGGAUGAGACGGUGGUCACUCCCAAAGAGACAGAGGCACCACAACCGGAAAAAAUUUAUGGUGAGUGGAUGAUCGCAAAGCGCAAACCACGCAAUGAAAAACCUACCUCACCCAAUCAAUCACGUGUUGCUCCAUCAUCUCCUGCGAAAUAA